AUGAAUACCUACAAUGUCUCCUCCGCCCCCGGAUGCAUCCAACUCCUGCAGCAACACAAAAAGCGUCUGCGAGAGGCCCAGUCUCACAAAGGCCAGUCCCCCAGCAUACACAGGACUCGCGAUGAAACCAUUAUCGGGUUCAAGCUUCGUCGUGCGCAGAACCAGGGCCGAUCGAGUGUAAACCACAGUAUUCGGUCUUCCAUCAUCCCGCCAGCCUAUCACCCCUGCACACGUUCUCUCCGCGAUCUGCAGCAACUCAGGAUCAAGGAUCUACGGGUGGAAACCCAUCACCGCGAUGCGUAUCUUCUGCUCCGAUCUGUGACACCACCGGAUGAAAUGACGGCCAUUCUGGCCAUGGUAGAAGAUGAGGAUGGGGAUGUUCUCAUGCUGCAGCUUUACAACCAGGAUAUGGACCGUCCUGUAGAAGAGAUUCUCCCAGAGGGAACGGCUUUGAUCGUGAAAGAGCCGUUUCUGAAACUGAUGUCUGAUGGGGAGUAUGGCAUCCGUGUCGACCACGUUUCAGAUUGCAUCUUUCUGUCGGCUUUUGAUGAGCGAGUCCCGCAGUGCUGGCAGCCAAAAGAUCGUCCAGACUUCGAUGUGAACCAUUGGAAGAUGACGGGGGACGAGUUCUGCGACAGCGCCAAAUACCAACUUGCGAUUGAAUCCUACACCAAGGCGUUGGACGGCUUACCCAACUCGGAAGAAUCCAACAUCCUUAGACUCAGCCGAGCCUAUGCUUUGCUCAAAACCCGCCGGUUCGACGAGGCGCUGCUCGACCUCGAAUCUAUACCACAAACCCGCCCCUCCGCUGAGAAGGCUCUUGUAUAUAAAGCCCAAGCGCUCUACAGCCUCCAUCGGUACCACGAAUGUCACAAAGUCCUUAGUUCUCUUGGUCCUGAGUCCUCAGGCAACCCUGCAAUCAAGGACUAUCCCGCUCGUGUUCUCAGACGUCUUGACGAACAGGAGCUUGGGAAGUACCAGUUUAAGCCGAUGUACCAGGCCAGCAAAGACUUCCCCCCAGAUUUAGAUCAAGCUACGUAUAUUGGCCCCGUGGCCGUCAGACCAUCUGGCUCCCGUGGACGUGGUCUCUUUACCACCGAGGCAGUCAAGGCAGGUGAUCUUCUACUAUGCGAGAAAGCAUUAGCACAUGUAUCUACAAACCCAGAAACACCCGAACAGGGCCAGAAUGUGACGCUUCUGAUCAACGUCGAAACCGACACCAUGACUGUGGGCACACAAUCCGAUCUCAUCAGAGUGGUCACGCAAAGACUAUACCAGAAUCCUGCUUUGGUCAAGCAGUUCACGGAUCUCCAUCAUGGGUCGUAUACCCCAGUCAAUGUAUCCGAUGUGGAUGGGAAACCAGUUGUGGACUCAUUUCUCGUCGCGCGCAUUGUCUCCCUAAAUGCAUUCGGGUGUCCUCCGUCCUCCCGGGAAUACUACCUAGAAGAUAAAGCAAGAAGAUUAGAAACAGGAGAUCAGUUCCAUUCAUGCGGUGUCUGGCCCAACUCCUCAUACAUCAACCACAGCUGCGACAGCAACGCCCAACGCAGCUUCAUCGGUGACAUGAUCAUAAUCCGCGCCGCGAAAGACCUCGACCCCGACACCGAGAUUACCUUCUGGUACGCGACCCCCGACGUCGAUGAUUUUGACGCCCACCGCGAUAAAUUCCAGCACUGGGGCUUCCAGUGUGAUUGUACCAUCUGCCAAGACUACCAAAACACAGAUGCAAGCAUCCUUGAGAAACGACAAAACCUACGAACCGAAGUCCGGGAGUAUCUACAAUCCAACCGACAACCAGACCUCGCAAGAAUCGAGAGCACAGUUGCUUCAUUGGCGAGUACAUACUGUCAACCUGCGCACGAGGUCCCGCGUCUGGGCAUCUGGGAUGUUCAGUGUGUCCUGGCGAAGAAGUAUCUGCGACAGGACCAGCCCGUCAAGGCUAUCGAGGCGGUGUUCGAAGCACUGGAGUCUCUUGGGUAUGUCAUUCAGGGCGCGCAGGCCCCGUGGUCUCCGGACGCACCGCUGGUGAUUGAGCAAUGGGGGUUUAUGGUGGAUCAGCUUAUUGAGAUCUGGCUCGUUCUGGCUGAGGCGUUUCAUACGGUGAGUCCGGAACUUGAGGCGAAGGCUGAGUGGUAUGCUCGAAUUACGUAUAAGAUCUGUGUGGGUGAAGAUGAGACGUUCGAGGAUACUUAUAUUACCAAUAGUACAUAA